UUUUGCCAUUUUUUCAUCAAUAAGAUACCUCCGAAGGUCAAGUAUGAUAAGAACAUUUUCCUCUCUGCUCUUGGCCAUAUAUUUGUUUAUGAAGGUGUUCCACAAUCUGGUCCUUGUGGAAAUAGGCCUCACAUCGUAUAAAUAGCAGAACGAAAAUGGUAGGAAAUACUCAUCCCUUUGUCGGCCAAACGCUAACAACCAAGAUGCAUCGUAGCCUCCUGAUAACAGUAGCCUUGAUGGCGACGGUGUAUGUGGCGGUGGCUGACAGUGGAUAUGGUGGACGCGGAGGUGGAAGUGGAGGCGGCCACGGAGGAGGAUUCGGAGGCGGAAACGGAGGUGGAUUCGGAGGUGGAUUCGGAGGAAACGGAGGAGGAUUUGGAGGUGGAAACGGAGGUGGAUUCGGAGGAAACGGAGGUGGAUUCGGAGGAAAUGCUCUCGGAGGUGGAAGUGGCGGUGCCGGAGGUUAUGGCGCUAAUGGCGGAGGCGGAGUGGGAGGAGGCAGCGUGGCUCCUGGAAUCCUCCUCGGAAGCGGAAGCCUUCCAAGCGUCGGUGGAUCAGGUGCUGGCGGUUUCGGUGCAGGUAGUGGCGGUUUCGGCGGAGGAAAUGGCGGAUUUGGCGGUGGAAAUGGUGGAUUUGGCGGUGGAAAUGGCGGUUUUGGCGGUGGAAAUGGCGGUUUUGGCGGUGUGAGUGGCGGUUUCGGCGCAGGUAGUGGCGGAUUUGGCGGUGGAAAUGGCGGUUUUGGCGGUGGAGCUGUUGGCGUGAGUGGCGGUUUUGGCGGUGGUAAUGGUGGCAGCGCUGGUGGCAGUUACGGAAAGAAAUAA